AUGUGGAACUUUGCUCGGCAGUUAGGUUUGGUCACAGCUCCCCAGUUAAUGCGUUUGGUUAAUGACCUGGAUAAACGAGUGUAUCGUGCGCAGUUCCCUGCAAAUCCUACUUACGUCGCUGAUAGAUCAGUAGACUCUUCAAGCAAUUCAGUGGCAAGGGGAGUGAUUAGUUUGAAUGCUGAACCGGUGGUAUUUGGAGCUCUUGCUGAUCGGGCUGGUCUAUUGGAUCCUGACGACUUUGAUGAGUUUGAUGUCGCGGGGGAGCAGCCCGUUAAAGAUAACCAUCUUCGCUUAUCAAAAACCGGAAGAAAUCACGAACCUACUUGGUAUCUUUGGAGAAUAAACAAGCUCUGUAAAGAUGGAGAUACGCGCUCGGCAGUUGAGCUUUUUUUCCACAAAAUGUUAACUGUUGAUCGAGUCAUGCCGGACCGUAAUAUCAUUCACCUUCUUUUGAGUGGACUGGCCGAGGUGGGUGACAGCGAGUCUGCCUUCAAGGUUUAUCGUAAGAUGACCGAAUUGGGCAUCCCUGCAACCAAUUCUACAUAUUCACGCCUUUUUAGUUCGCAAUCUGACCUCGAUUUGCUUGCUGGACCCGCUCUUGGACGUGCAAAGGGUCUUUGGGUUCGGUUGCACGAACGUGGCUUUCGAAUGAAUCGAAUCACCUACAACACGCUUCUGCAGACUCUGGCUAAAGCUGGUGACCUCCAUGCCUGCUUCCAGGCGCUGGAUGCGAUGUUGCUAGGUCAGGGUGGACUGCCACCAUCGAUUCUGCACUCUUCGAUGACUCCUCCUUCGCCCACUUGCUCAGCUGAGCCCCUUCCGCCCUUCCGACCAGAUGAGUACACUCUGACUGCGGUUCUCACAGCGGUGCUACAGUCUUUCAAGUCUGGCUUCCUUGUCUCGUCCCUUGACGCCCUCCGCUUGGCACUGCACGCGUGGCACCUCAUCCUCCCUCGUCUGCCACGUAGGCAGCCCAGUUUGCAUCACUUUACUCUCCUUGCUGGCAUUGCUGCUCUCACCGAGCCCAAGAAUGGUCGAUUUUCCCUCCCCACAUCCCUUGGGAGUGGUAUCGGACGGCGAAAAGCCGACACCUCAGCGAAGAACUAUCUUGAGGUGAUCCCCGAGAGCUUGCCGAAACUGCGAGAACCGCAGCCUUCCCUAUCUCCGCGCAUUUUGGCCUCUGAGAAAGCGGCAAAGAACCUUUUGAGACGGGUGGCGCUUCUGGCAUCGGGUGGUGACAUACCGUCACAACUCUCAACUAACUCAACCCCCUCCGACACCACUCCUCUAGUACCUGUUUCUUCAAAUUCCUGUUUUUUGCUGCCGAAUACGUUUUCUCCUGAUUGGACUAAUCCUGACAUAGUUAUGCGGAGCCAAGUAAAUCUCUUACUACCGCUUCCGCAGGAGGGUAUCAGACUCUCUCAAUCACCGACGUCACCACUGAUUACAAAGGUUGCCGCCCUUUUGCCACCUCCCUCGGAGAACGCGGGCGCCGAGUUGGAUCGGUGGGAAAGCGCACUACUUAACGCUAUGGAUAGUAACAAAGUCAUUUUGGACUUACCCGUACUCAACGUCCUCCUUCAGCGGAGAACAACACAUGGACUGCCUGUGGACGAAUUGAUGUCUAUCGCGAAUCGUCAAGGCCUUUCGCCAGAUGAAUUCACUUGGAGUUGUUUGGCGCGCGGGUGCCGCACCACAAAGCAGGUUCGAGAUUUCCUCACCAGCUACUCAAAGGCUGCUAAACUGACGUGGGACUCAGGGCUACCAGCCCACGUUGGCACAGUGCGCCCCAGCCUCCAUGUUUACGCCACCCUCCUUGCCUCCACCAAGUUCUACUGGGACUCUAAGAUAAUCAUUAUCCGGUCUAUGAUGGGCUCCAGUCAGUUGACUACAAAGUCGAAACAGCGAAAAAAGGAAAAGGAAUCACCAGACUCACAGCCUUACGACUCUCCCAUCCUCCCAAACCGUCGUCUAAUCGCCAAUCUCGAGCUGGAAAUCGCUCACUUCCGUGAUUUAGUUGCUCGCGGCAUCGUACCGAAAGGCAGUGGCUUUUCUCGCAUUUUUGAUUUCAUGGGUCAAGUGUGCGAGCUUGCGAUCGAACUGGAGGUGUGA